UCGUUAUGACAAGAUUUUCAUGAUCGCCUAGUGCAUGGCAACCUAUGUGGAAGCGGGAUUACUCCGCACUCCCCCAGACCCCAGGAAGCAUUCCCGUUCCAUGUCGGUGUCUUUUCAACUAAACCGCCUAUUGAAGACACCAGCGCUUUAGCCCUCAUUGUUCCGUCUCAUCUUACAUUAACUCGCGAAAGUUCAUCGGCCAUAUCAUGCUACACCAUCAUGGCAAUCCAACAACUCUUAACCACACUCCAGGACAAGUUUAAGCCAGAAUCAAGUCUUCAGCAGCUUGCUACGGGACUUUUAUUGCUUCCAGUUCUCUAUGUGCUCAUCAAUGAGUUUAUCCGCAGCAACGCCCGCAUCCCUAAUUUAAAAGGUCCUCGUGGUCUGCCUCUUAUCGGGAAUCUGCAUCAAAUACGUAUCAACGCAGCGGAACAGUAUCGAAUAUGGUCCAGAAAAUACGGUGGAGCGUAUCAGAUUCAACUGGGAAAUAUCCCGAUUGUUGUCGUGAAUACAGCGGAGACGGCAAAGGCUAUCUUUGGAAACAAUGCGCUGAGCUCGAGGCCUGAGUUUUAUACUUUUCACAAGGUGCUAUCAAACACCGCUGGUACCACGAUUGGUACUUCGCCUUAUAGUGAUUCGCUUAAACGCCGCAGAAAAGGUGCUGCAUCCGCCCUCAAUAGACCUUCCGUGCAAACCUAUGUUUCCCACCUUGAUAUCGAGACCAAGGACUUCAUUAAAGAAUUACUAGAGUACGGUAAGGCCGGGAAGGCGGGAGUUGACCCGAUGCCCAUGAUUCAACGUCUAUCACUUAGUCUUGCUCUCACACUUAACUGGGGCAUUCGAAUGGAUUCUCAAAAAUCGGAUCUCUUCCAUGAAAUCACUCACGUCGAGGAAGAAAUCAGUCGGUUCCGCAGCACUACUGGUAAUCUACAAGACUAUAUCCCACUAUUGCGUCUUAACCCUUUCAAUUUCGAAUCACGCAAGGCGCAAGAUAUGCGUGACCGACGUGAUGUUUAUCUCACUGCGCUCAACAACGGCCUGGAUGAACGGAUCGCCAACGGAACACACAAGCCAUGCAUCCAGGCCAAUGUCAUCAUGGAUAAAGAGGCCAAACUGAACAAAGAAGAGCUUACCUCGAUUAGUUUGACAAUGUUGUCUGGAGGCCUUGAUACUAUCACCACCCUUGUCGCAUGGAGUCUUGCCUUGCUAGCUCAACGGCCAGAUAUCCAGGAUACUGCACUAGAGGCAAUCAAGGCGACUUAUGGGACCAAUAAACCACUAUGCGAUGCACUAGAUGAUCAGCAAUGCCAGUAUGUUGUCGCUCUGGUGCGUGAAUGUCUUCGGUACUAUACAGUUCUCCGCUUGGCCCUGCCUCGCGCGUCAAUUAAGGAUAUCACUUUUCAAGGAGUCCGCAUCCCAAAGGGAACAGUUAUCUUCCUCAAUGCGUGGGCCUGUAACAUGGAUCCCAAUGUAUGGGAAGACCCAGAAAUCUUCCGGCCCGAGCGCUGGCUCGACCAUGAUGAUGCUCCUCUAUUCACAUAUGGCAUGGGUUAUCGUAUGUGCGCUGGUUCAUUGCUAGCAAAUCGCGAGCUCUAUCUCGCUUUCAUCCGACUACUUAAUUCGUUCCGUAUCGAAAAGGUCGAUGAUGUUGACGUUCAUCCAGUUCGGGGUAACAUGGAUCCGACAAGUCUUGUGUCAAUGCCGAGGCGCUAUCGUGCUCGGUUUGUGCCCCGAAAUGAGACUGCUCUACGACGCGCUUUGAACGAGUUCGUUGCCGUGGAAUAAUUUCCGACCCUGUCUCCACCACCCCUUUUUUAUUUGCCUUUCCAUCUUCAAAUAAUCAUGGCGAACAGGGCAACAGAUAGGAGAGAAAAAUCUUUCGCAUGUAUCGUUCUUCUCAAAAUGGGUUUCUUUUGUUUCCAUUACUGUUUGAGUGUGGUAAGGCAUUAAAAAUCCGUUCUGACGUUAUGAUACUAAGAGUAAACCUUCGCAUGAGCUUGAUUUGUUUUGUUAGGCGUUCAUUGACGUAACUUUAAAAAACGCCGACCAAAGUUACUUACAAGAGAUCAGCAACUUCAGCUGGUCGGUGACUCGUGUCGACGCCUGCUUUCCCACGUUUUGACGAUCUUACCUACAUAAGGUAAGAGGUAAAUUCUUCAGAGACUCGCUUGGACAAUGCCCAGUCCUUAGUAGUGAAGGCAGAAUUUUAACAACUAAGACGUAGUUGAUUAGAAAAGCCGAGAAGAAAAGUACGUAUGCCCGUCGCCCAAUGGCUCACAG